GAGCCAUCAAGAUCGCAGAACGACGCACUCAUCUCAACAUCAUCGCCGGCAGCAAUGGCCACGACGACAGCCUUUGCCCUCGUUGCGCUCUCGAAGGCGUUGUCAUGGAAUGAGGCCUUGUCCGGCGUGUUUGGCAGCAUCAGUUUGGCUACUUGGAUUUUCCUGCUGGUGCCACAGUUGAUCCUCAACUACACAACAGGCAGUGCGGAUGGCAUCUCGCUGGCUUUCCUGACAGUCUGGCUGCUGGGAGAUAUCACGAAUCUAGCUGGGGCAAUAUGGGCUGGCCUAGUCCCAACAGUCACUGCCCUCGCAGUGUACUUUUGCUUUGCAGAUUUUGUGCUCAUCAGCCAGUGUUUGUUUUACAACCACCUCAAUGCCCGAAGGGAGGCAAUCAAUGAGGCGGCAGCACCACCCGACUCUGAAGAGGCUCCGCUGCUUGCUCGAGAGCGUAGCAACGAGUCGAUAGGGGCUCCAGGUGCCCGUCGUCGUAGUUCAACUCAUCUCAGUCACUCGUCGGGGGCCAGACGUGACUCUCUUGUGAAGAUUUUGGAGGACGACGUCUCUGGGAGUGGAAGUUCGUGGAAGCGGAACACCUGGAGCAUCCUCAUGGUCAUCUUGGUUGGAACAGCCGGCUGGGCCAUUGCGUGGCGGUCUGGGGUAUGGAGGCCUACGCCGAAUCAUCCUGGGGACGUACCUAGCAAAGAACAUGUGGCCGUGGGAGCCAGUGUUUUGGGAUACCUCAGCGCCGUGUGCUAUCUUGGUGCCCGAAUCCCCCAGAUUAUCAAGAAUUACAGGGAUAAGUCGUGCGAAGGCUUGUCUCUUCUGUUUUUUGUUCUGUCUCUAAUGGGUAACAUCACAUACGGAGUCAGCAUCCUGCUCCAUUCUCUUGAGAGGGAGUAUAUCAUGACGAACCUUCCAUGGUUGAUCGGAUCUUUGGGUACCAUCGUCGAGGACGGCUUCAUAUUUGUACAAUUUCGCAUGUACGCCAGGGACUCUGGAAGUGCAGUGGAAGCAUGAGGGUAAGGCCCUGUAGAUAUUUAAACUGCAUAUAAUUUGUAUAUAUUGUAUAUACGACAAUUGGAUGCCAAUAUAUAUACUGC